GUUUAAACUGGGGCACUUUCAGAAUUGCAUGAAAAACGAUGGUGCGUAACAAGGCCGGCAUCGCCGCCCGCGGCAGGGCCGGAAGGACAAGAGAAGACCUCCAAGAGGUGCUGAAGACGUACACUAAUAUGGUGGAGCGACAUAAUCAGUACCGCGAACCCAAUACAGCCUCCAACUACGAGGAAUAUCGCCUCGCCGCUGGGUAUGACGUGAACUUGUAUGACAUUUGCAGGCAGCCCCGGGAGCCGCAAGACCGAACCCUGCACAUCCCUGCCUCAUCCCUGGAUGAAGAACUCAAUUGCUCCAUAUGCACCGGCAUUAUCCGCGACGCGAUGGUCAUCACGGCUUGUUUGCAUCGGUUCUGCGCCAACUGUAUCGAGCGGCACAUCCACGAGAAGGGCAAGAACACGGUGUGUCCUGUGUGCAACACACCCUUCACUACCCGUCGGGCUCUGCGGCCGGACCCGACUUUCGACAACCUCAUCAAGAUGGUGUACGGCGACGUGGACGCGUACGAGAAGGCCGAGGAAGCGCGUAUCCAGCUCAACAACAAGGAGCUGUUUCCUCGGUUGGAUCUCGACAAGCACAAGGGUGAGAAGCCAGUGAAUCCCAUUGCCAACAAGCGGCAGCGCACGCGAUGAUUGGGACUUUUGGUCGAAUUUGUUUCCAAAUGUACAAAAACACAAAAAUUGGUGAAAAAUUUGUUCAAAUUUGC